AUGAUCGUGGAGGCGGUGGAGGCGGUUAUGGCGAUCGUGGCGGUGGCGGCGGAUACGGAGACCGCGGCGGUGGAUACGGUGGUGGUGGAGGUGGCGGCUAUGGUGGUCGGGGCGGCGGCCGCGACGGAGGACGCGGUGGCAGUGGUGGUCGUGGAGGUGGUCGCGGGCAGCAGAACGUCUCUAUUUCCCUGUCGCCCGUCGUAUGGCAAUGCUGGGCGCGCCAUUGUUGUGUGGGCCAACCACUUUCAAGUCGACUUGAAUGUGAACCGAGGAGACAUCUUUCAUUACGACGUCGUCUUUUGCAAGAAGGGCGACACUCCUUUGCAAGCGGUGCCGAAGAAGGAACUGUGCGUCCGCGUGCUCAAGGCGCUCAUCAAAGAGCUAAAAUCGGAGCUUCCAGCCAUCACGGUGGUGUCUGAUGCCCGCCGGAACAUCUACGCGUCCGCGGCGCUGCCCUUCAACAAUCGGAUGAUUGUUGUCAAGGAAGUGUUUGACUCGGGAAAGUCCAAGGAGUGGGAUGUGUACGUCAAAGCCGCCGACCCGGUGGCCAUUCCCAUGCACCAAGUGGAAGAGUUCUUCGCCGGGCGUCUCAACUUCACCCCGUACGACGCCAUAAUGGCGCUCGACAUUGCGUUGCGCGCGACCGCCAACAACAAGUUUGUGUCUGCGGGGCGCAAUUUUUAUACCCCUUCGAACAAGGUUGCUCUUGGCGAAGGAGCAGACCUUUGGUUUGGGUAUCACCAGUCGCUGCGUCCGACGCAAACGCGGCUCACAUUGAACAUCGACAUCGCCGCCGCGACCUUCAUCAAAAAGAUGGACUUGAUCGAGUACGUUACGACCACGGCGUUUGGCGGGCGACAGGCUAGAUUUGACGAUCCGCAGGCGAUGCGGGCGGCAUCUCGCGCAGUCAAGGGCGUGCUCGUUCGUGUGACGCAUCGAGGCAACUUGAAUCAGGAAUUUAAGAUCAAUGGCCUUACAACGACCCCAGCGAACGCCACGUUUUUCACGACCACGGAUGGCACCCAGCAUUCCGUGGCUGCGUACUUUGAGGCGACAUACUACAAACUGAAGCACCCCGAGUGGCCGUGCGCCCAGACAGGGUCCAAGUCGAGCCCGCAGUUUUUGCCCAUGGAGGUGUGCUUCACGCCGGGGACGCAGAAGUCGAUCCGCAAGGAGACGCCCAUGCAGGUGGCGACCAUCAUCAAGCAGACGUGCACGCCGCCCUACGACCGUCGCCAGAAGAUUGAAGCGCAGGUGGCGGAAGCACAUUUCGAAAACGACGGCAUCCUGGCCGCGUUUGGAUUGAACGUGACCCAGAAAAUGAUGGCGGUGGAGGCGCGCCAGCUGCCAGAUCCGGAGCUCGAGUACCUGAAUCAAGCCAUUGAACGGCCGCGGGACGGCUCAUGGAACAUGCGCGGCAAGGGCUUUUACGAGGGGAUGGACCUGGACAGCUUUGCGAUCCUCAAUCUCGGCAACCCGAACGACGACCGAGGCAUUGUAAACUUCUUCAACAAACUCGUGGAUCAGCUGGGAGAGCUCAAGAUGCGCGGGCCGCGCGGCGCGGCGCCACCGCUGCUCACGCGGACCCGCAACCAGUCGGUCGAGGACUUGUUUGGCGAGGCCGUGCGCGCGGCGGAAAAGGUGUACGGCAAGCCCCCUCGCGUGGUGUUUUGCGUCAACGGCGGAGGGGACUCUGCCAACUACGCCGACCUCAAGCGCGCCAGCGACGUCAACUUUGGGAUUCCAUCGCAGUGCAUGCUAGCCAAGCACGUUGGGAAGGCGAGUCCCCAGUACAUUGCCAACCUCAUGCUCAAAGUCAAUAUGAAACUCGGCGGGCGCAACGUCGUGUGCCGUGGCGCCUUGCCCAAGAUAUCCGAGUGCCCGACCAUCAUCUUUGGCGCCGACGUGACGCACCCCGUGUCGAUCGACAAGUCGAAGCCAUCGAUUUCGUCGGUGGUGGCGACGAUGGACCGGUUUGCAUCGCAUCAUGCCGCGUGCGUGCGCAAGCAAGGCCACCGCGUGGAACACAUUGAAGACAUGGAGGGCAUCACGAACGAACUGCUCCGCAGCUUUUACCAGGCAACGCAUGUCAAACCUGAGCGUAUUUUGAUCUACCGAGACGGCAUUUCCGAAGGCCAGUUCCAGAACAUUUUGAGCAAAGAAGUGCAGGCGAUUCGGCAAGCGUGCGAGUCCCUCGAGCCAGGCUACCGCCCCGCCAUUACGUUUGUGGUCGUGCAAAAGCGGCACCACACGCGCAUCUUUCCGACGGCCGCCAUGGACGCCGACCGCAGCGGCAACUGCAAGGCGGGCACAGUUGUGGACACUGGCAUCUGCCACCCCACCGAGCACGACUUCUACCUCAUGAGCCAUUCGGGGCUCCAAGGCUGUAGCCGCCCCGCGCACUACCACGUGCUCAUGGACGAAAUUGGCUUUGCCCCUAACGAACUGCAAACCCUCACGUACCACUUGUGCUACACAUUUGCCCGAUGCACGCGGGCCGUGUCGGUGGUGCCGGCGUGCUACUACUCGCACUUGGUCGCCGAACGAGCGCGCUUGUUCCUCAUUGACGGCAGCAGCGACGGCGGGUCCACGGUCGACGGCAACUUUGUCGAAUCGACGGGGCGGAUUCUGGACGUGCACGGCGCGUUGGCUCGCGUCAUGUAUUACCUGUGACGUGGUGGUGCACUGAUGGCCGCCGUUGUUUGUCAUGGAUGGUGGACAGAACGUGGGCAUGUCACGAACUAGUUUCAAUUUAUAUCUCAAUCGGCAUGCAGUGGGAACACUCGUUCGUUGGCUGGUUGAACAUGCAUGGCGAAGUAUAUAGUGUAUUUAGCGGUUACAUUUCCGGUUACACUUAUAACGACGUAACUGGUUGCGGUUCGAAGGACCAACAUUCAUC